AUGACACUUUUACAAACCCUAUUGCGGGCAACAGCCUUUAAGAGCCCGCUGCUACGCACUCUUGUGCCUUCUGUUGCACUUGCAUACGGUAUCCAAGCUGCUGUCGCCAUUCCUUCAAUGGCAGCACAAACCGAGCGAUUCUAUGACCUAAGCGGAAGUUUGACCUACCUCUCCUGCACAGCCUUGAGUCUAGCCAUGCCGUAUCUGCGGGCCAAGGCUGCGGGAACAGUUACCGGGGGUCUAUCAGAGUAUCUCAGCAAUCAGGGCCUGGGGCAAGGGACAUGGUGGUGGAGACAAGCGCUUCUGAGUGCUGCGGUGGGCAUUUGGGCUACACGGCUGGGUUCGUACCUCUUCCGGCGCAUAUCCAACGACGAAGGCAAAGACUCGCGGUUCGACAAGAUUCGCACCUCGCCGUCAAAGUUCUCCGUCGCCUUCUUCGCCCAGGCAACAUGGGUUUCGCUCUGCACCCUGCCCGUUAUCCUCGUCAACUCCAUCCCGCGGUCUGCCUACGCUACGUCGCUGCUCGGCCAGGCGGUAUCCGCCAAGCCCUAUGCCACCGAUCUUCUUGGACUCGCCAUUUUCGCCUUUGGACUCGGCUUUGAAGUCGUUGCCGACCGGCAAAAAGACGCGUGGGUCCAGGCCAAGAAGCAGAAGAAGCACUCGGAGGAAUUCCUCACCCACGGCCUGUGGUCCAAAUCCCGCCAUCCAAACUACUUUGGCGAAGCCACCCUCUGGACUGGCAUCGCCAUUGCCGCGGCGGGUCUGCUGGUUCGGCAGCCAGCACAGACGGCGCUGGGCCUGAGCGGAGGCAUCACGGGACAGAUGCUCGUCACGGGCAUGUGUGCGGCCAGUCCGGCUUUUGUCAGCUUUUUGCUACUCAAGAUUAGCGGCGUGCCGCUGAGCGAGAACAAGUACGAUAAGCGGUAUGGCGAUCGUGAGGACUAUCAAAGGUGGAAGCGCGAGACGCCCAUGUUUGUGCCCAAGUUUUGGUAGAUAUUUGGGGCGGUGAGGAUGCUUUUUCAAAUAGAAUAGGUCUUUUGCGAUUGCGUAUUGAUGCGGAGGUGCUGAUGCGAUGGUAUGCCUGAUAUAGAUGUGGUGCUCGUACAAAAGUAGACUACUUGAUACAUUUUUU